CGGUUGAUUUCGAUUUUCGAUCACCAUUUCUUCUCCUUUCCGCACGAAAUCAAACCUAAAACAAUGGGGAAGAUGAAGAACUCGAAUCAGCAACAAAUUUGGAGUGUUCCUCAGCUAAAUAAAUUUUCCGAUCAAAUUUUGUUUCAGUUUUCAGGCGAUCCGAAUCCGAAACCCUAACUUGGGGUUUUCCGUCACUGUCAUAAUUUUCUUUUCCACUUUCCCGAGAACCAAAACAGUCUUGCCCUCAAGCCUCUUCCCCACCUCCCGCUCCAUUACUCCAACUCACUCCUUUUACUUUUGUUCUUUUUCCAGCGCAAAAGCGAUCGUUUUCCUCCAUUUUUUAGAAUUUUGCCUCAAUUCUAACAGCAUGUGCCUCCCCCUCCACUUUUCGAUGCGAGAUUAGGGCUCUUGAAUUUGGGAAUUUUUCCAUGUAAUCGACGGGGAAGGGCUCGCCUGAAACGUCGAGUCUCCGAUGGAUUUUGUUGAACUCGAGGUGAUCGAAGGCCUCCGAUGGUCGUGGAACUCGUGGCCGGUUUCUAAACCUGAAUCGUUAGCUUUGGUAAUCCCACUCAGCGUCAUGUGUACGCCAUUGAUGCAGGCCGUCGAGCUUCCUACACUUUCUUAUGAGCCUCUAUCGUGUAUUAAAUGCGGGGCCGUUUUGAACCCCUUUGCUCGGGUCGAUUACACGUCUCGCAUUUGGUUCUGCUCGUUUUGCUACCAGAAGAAUUGUUUCCCUCGUUCUUAUGCUGAUAUCGGAGAGACGAAUCUUCCGGCAGAGCUUUUUCCGACUUACAGCACGGUCGAGUAUGCACCCGGUAGGAAGAUCGAGAGCCCGGUUGCGAAUUCUGGUUCCAAUGUGAGCCGUAAUUGGGCAAAGAACCGUUCGUCUUCUUCUCUUUCGUUAUCAGCUUCUUCGUUGCUGCCGGCUGGAGAUUCGCGUGGAAAUGGACCGGCCUUCGUGUUCGUUGUUGACAAUUGCUCGGAAGAGAAGGAACUUCAAGCACUGAAAAAUGAGUUAUUACUCGUUGUCGAACAACUGCCGGAGAAUUCUCUGGUGGGUUUGAUUUCUUUUGAUUCAAUGGUACAUAUUUAUGACCUUAAAUUUUCCGAGUGCUCAAGGGUCGUCGUCUUUCCUGGGGAAAGGGAAAUGUCGUCACAUCAGACCCAACAAUUAUUGGGGAUUUAUGGGAUGAAGCAGUUGCAGCUGGGGAAGACACCAGUUGUUCCCACACAGCAGGGAUAUUUACUACCAAUAUCUGAAUGUGAGUUCAACAUCACCACUGCAAUUGAAGAGAUGAAGACUUCACCUGUUGUAACAGGCCAUCGACCUCAGAGGGCUACUGGUGCUGCAAUAUCAGUUGCAGUUGCGCUUCUGGAAGGAUGCCGAGUGAAUUCUGGUUCCCGUGUCAUGGUUUUCACCUCUGGCCCUGCAACUGUGGGUCCGGGGAUCAUUGUUGAUUCGAAUCUUGCUUACACCAUUAGAACUCACAGAGACAUUGUUAAUGGUCAGGCACCCUACUUUAGAAAAUCUUGUAGUUUCUAUAAGGGAUUGUCGCAGAGGUUGUGUGAUGGAUCUAUUGUUCUUGAUUUAUUUGCUUGCUCUCUCGAUCAAGUUGGAUCAGCGGAGCUGAAAGUCCCUGUUGAAAACUCUGGUGGAUUCAUGAUGCUUGGAGAGUCAUUCGAGUCGAAUCAAUUUAAAAAGUGCUUGCGGCAUAUUUUUAGUCGCGAUGAAGAUGGUCAUCUGAAGAUGUAUUUUGAUGCAACUAUCCAGAUAGUGACAACAAAGGAUGUAAAGAUUUGUGGAGCCCUUGGACCUUGUGUCUCUCUUCAUAGAACUAACAGUUCAGUGAGUGACAACGAAAUUGGCAAAGGCGGUACUUACGUUUGGAAGCUGGGCACAUUGUCCAGUAAAACCUGCAUUUCCUUUUUCUUCCAAGUGAAUGAGGAGCAGAAAGUUCAACCUGGAUCAGCUUUCUUCAUUCAAUUCAUAACACAAUACAGAAAAGGAAACCUUGGUGUCUGGAAAAGAGUGACCACUGCUGCUAGGAGAUGGGUUGCGAACAAUUCACCACAAAUCAAGGCCGGGUUUGAUCAAGAAGCGGCAGCUUCAGUGAUGGCUAGGCUUGCUAUUAAUCGAGCAGAGACAUGUUAUGCCCGGGAUGUUAUCAGAUGGCUUGACGACACACUGAUCCGCUUUUCUUCAAAGUUUGGUGACUAUAUACAAGAGGAUCCUUCGACAUUCCGUUUGUCAUCCAACUUCUCCUUGUAUCCCCAGUUCAUGUACUACCUUAGAAGGUCCCAGUUUAUUGAUGUCCACAAUUCUCCCGACGAAACGGCUUUCUACCGAUUAAUGCUGAAUCGAGAGGGAGUCGUUGGUUCCCUUAUCAUGAUACAACCUACUCUUUUCCUCUACUCAUUUGAUGGACCUCCUGUUCCUGUACUCCUAGAUAUUCGAUCAAUAUCUCCAGAUGUGAUUCUGCUAUUCGAUUCCUACUUCUAUGUUGUUAUUCAUUAUGGGUCCAAGAUUGCUCAGUGGAGGAAGCUUGGUUACGAUAAGGACCCGAACCUUGAAAACUUGAAAAAGCUACUAGAGGCCCCAGAGCUCGAUGCAGAACAACUGGUUGCUGAACGCAUGCCUGUCCCCAAGCUUAUAAAGUGCGACCAACAUAGUAGUCAAGCACGGUUUCUUCUCGCUAAGUUAAACCCAUCUGUUACACAUAACUCAACAUACAAGGAGGGAUCGGACAUAAUCUUCACAGAUGAUUUAAGCUUGGAGGUUUUUAUAGAUCACCUGCAAGCUCUUGCAGUUCAGGGCUAAAGAAGAAUGGAACUAUAGUUAGCCAGAAGAACUUGAGUUAUAUACAUACUGUUGAGAAGUAAAAAUGAAAGAUGCUUUUGGGUUGCUUGAGAGUUGUAUUUGUCACCCAUUUUUAUUCUUAGAUGAUGAAAUGUAAAUAACUGGUGUCUGAUCUUACUCCAUGCCAGAUGAGUUCCUCUUACAGCCAUUGUUCACUUGAAGAACCUGGUGAGAUUUUUUGUUUCAAUGGAGUCUGAUUGAUAUAAUUUACAUACAACUUUUUAUCUUCUUGUUGAUUAGUGAGUAAAAACUUCAGAAAUCUGUAUACAAACCCCCAAUAUAAUAUAUGUAUAUAUAAAUUUUUUA